AUGUCAUCGCUCGACUUGAUGGUGCUGCAAGAAGCAGUUUUUAUAGGAGCCAACACCCAGGCAAACAUUCUAGACUACGAUCCCGGAUCGGAAAUAGUAGCAUAUGGAGCAGGCACCUGUGUAGCUAUAUGGAAGCCAAUCAAAGAUGAAAAAUCAGGUGUUUACAGCACCUUGAAGGGUCAUUCUCGGACAGUCACAGGGGUCAAAUUCGUUCCAGAAACACCAUUUCUCGUUUCUAUCGCUGAGGACGAUACCGUUAUUGUGUGGAAACAAGCAAAUAAUGAUUUCAGUCUUUUCCAGACAUUGAAGGGUCAUACCAGUUCUGUCACAUCGCUAGCUGUAGUUGAUAGCUCGAUAUUUGCAACCGGUGGAGCAGAUGGCAACAUAAUCUUGUGGGGAUUUCAAGAAGACAACUGGACCCAGCUCAGUAAUUUUCAAGUCCAGAACGGUUUUUUUCCACUCACACUUGCAUUGCAACAACUUUACAAAGACAGCUACAUCUUGGUAAUUGGUGGCACAAAUAGCAAGUUGUAUGUGUACUCUGUGAAGAUCCUGGCCGAUUCUGCGGCUGUAUCACGUUGUGCCGUUCUUACAGGUCAUGAAGAUUGGAUAAAAGCUCUUAGUUUUGUGAAGCAGGAAGAGAACAAUUACAUACUAGCAUCUGGUUCACAGGAUCGUUAUAUUCGUCUUUGGAGAGUCAAGGUGGACGAUAAGAUCGACGAUGCGGACGACGACGACUCGAAGCUCAUUCUUUUGUCUAACAAGCAGCACAAAUUCCAAUUGGCACACCAUCGAGUUGCCAUAUCUUUUGACGCUCUUCUUAUGGGCCACGAUGACUGGGUUUCAGGAUUACAAUGGAACCCUCAAGGAAAGCUCCAACUUGCUUCUUCCAGCGCAGACACCGCAGUAAUGAUAUGGGAAAUGGAUAAAGAGAGCGGUAUCUGGUGUUCCAUAAGUCGUCUUGGAGAAAUGUCCAUUAAAGGUGCCUCCACUGCUACUGGUGCCAGUGGUGGAUUUUGGUCGUGUUUGUGGUUUGCAAAAGAUGAUAUUGAGUAUAUCAUGGCGAGUGGAAAAACUGGUGCUAUACGAACAUAUUGCAAUGGUGAAACUUCGGGAAACUGGAACCCAAAAAUAAGCGUUUCUGGACCAGUUCGUGAAGUGACAGACGUAAAGUGGUCAAACCAAGGAUUCUUCAUGGCAACUUCUCUCGACCAAACUACCCGUCUAUAUGCUCAAUGGGCAAAAGAUCACACAUGGCACGAGUUCGCAAGACCCCAAAUUCACGGCUACGAUAUGGUGUCUUUGGACCACAUUGACGGUCUGAAAUUCGUUUCUGGAGGAGAAGAAAAGGUGUUGAGGGUAUUCGAGAUGACAAAGCUGAUAAGUCAGUUGUUACAGGAUGCUUGCGGAGUCAAAAUAUCAUCGCAUCUGCUUCCAGAAUCAGCAUCUUUACCGGUCUUAGGUUUGUCCAACAAGGCUGAAAAGCAGAUGGAAGCCGGCGACUACCAAGAGGAUAACGACGACCAAGAAAAAAACGACUACCCAGAAGAAAAAGACAUUCUUCCGCCAUCUCCACCACUUGAAGAUUAUCUCCAGAGACACACACUCUUUCCCGAGCAAGAAAAACUUUAUGGGCAUGGCUACGAAAUAUCCAGUGUGGCCGUGUCACCUAACGGCAACCUCAUAGCCUCUACUUGUCGUUCCAAUACUUCUCGUCAUGCUGUAAUUCGUGUAUUCAAUGCUGCUUCUGAGUACCAACAAUCUUCACAGCUUCUCGAGGGACAUAAUCUUACGGUAACCAGCCUAAGGUUCUCCAGCGACGGACAAUAUUUAUUGGCAGUGUCGAGAGAUAGGCAGUUGAGUGUAUGGAAAGUGGUUGACGAAACUAAGGCACUAUUCGAACUUGUGGAACUCAAUAGCAAAGCCCAUACAAAAAUUAUCUGGGAUUGCUGUUGGGUCAAGUCUACAGAUCAUGGCCACUACUUCCUUACGGGAUCCAGAGACAAACUGGUCAAGUUGUGGAAACUUGAAGAUAAAAAAAUUCAAUUGGUUUCCUCGAUGAAAUUGCAAGAUAGUGUUACCGCAGUGGAUUGCGACAUCCAAAACGACCAGGGACGAGUCGUGGCAGGAAUGGAGAGUGGAGCGAUCUCGUUAUUGCUGUUUGAGUUGAAUAAACCAGAACUUGUGCUCUGUGACGAAUUCGAUGAGAAAAUUACUCCGGCUGCAAGAGUCUCACGAGUGGGUUUUAAUAAGCACAGAAUUGCAGUAGGAAGCUGGGACAACUCCGUAAGGAUAUAUAGACUCGCCGCUAGCAACCCCUAG